AAGCGGAUGCUGGACGCCAUGGCCGACAAGCACGAGCACACGGCACCCCAAGUACCGCGAGGUGGAGCAUUGCAGGUGCGUCCUGCACUUGGUUCUCGGUGGCAGGGUGGGUACCCCGAGUUCUGGAAGUAUGCGACGGCCACGUUUUGCUGCCGGGGAUACUCGUGGAUGGAUAUCAUGUUUCGGGGUAGUCCUGCGCGUCGACCGAGCCGAGAAGUGAGGCGAAAUUACAGCCACAGAAUUAAUCUGAGAGAGUCCCAGUCACAGAGAACCGACGUACAGGAUGUAUGCCAUGGUGACUAUGAAUAUCAAUCAUCAUCAGAGUGA